CAGUUGGACCAUUAGACGCAGAAUACGCCUCGAGAAGAGAGAAACACUCGUGAGAAUGGUGUCGAUAAAGGUUCUGGGAAACUUCGCACUGGUGGUAGUAGUCCUUCUGUCUGUCGUGGAAAGGUCCACUUCGGCACCUCACAAAGCGCAUUCCUUCCAGCACUUUCACGGGCCAGUCGAGGGCGAGGGUGUUGAAGUUGUCUGGAAAGAUAAGCACGGACACGAGCACGUCGACUACAAAGCCCACCCCAAGUACAAAUUUUCAUACGGCGUUGAGGAUCAUCACACUAAAGACUUUCACGGACAAAAGGAACACCGCGACGGGAAGGACGUAGCUGGUGAGUACACCGUGCACGAACCCGGCGGCAAUGUCAGGACCGUAAAGUACCACGCAGACCAUCAUGGCGGUUUUCAUGCCAUAGUACACAAUUCCGGCGGAAACGACCACUCCGGCGGUACCUACGCCGGGCACGGGCACAGUUGAUAAAUCACUCUCUGUACCGGGCUAGCCAGGGCCAGUAGCCACCGGUGGUCUGCGAUACGGAUCGUUAUUAAUAGUUUGCGAUCCAGACGUCGACUUGUCGUCGUUUUCAUCCUUCUCCUAUUAUACGCCCGCCAUGUCUCUUUGAGAGAUACCAAGUUGUUUGUUUUUUCUUAUCUCUACACCAUUAUAUGUAUCUUU